ACAGGAGAAUGAGUGCCCCGUAAGUCACAAUUGAUAAAAGAUUUGGUCACAUAAUGCGUUCGAAUUUGCCGCUCUAGGGCACCCUUGAACGAAAGGCUGGGCUGGGAUGGUUGAUAAAAAACGACCUAAAUGUCGCCUAAAAGUUAACAAUGGAUCAUCUAGUAAAUAGAAUCGUCGAAGUCUGAUUAUCAAGCAACCUUUGAGCGGGAUCAGCACAUUCGUUGUCCAUGCAGUGAUUGUGCGGAACAUGUCAGUCCUUCCGGAGUAUUCCGAUCAAGUUCUCCCCUCCUCUCCAUUCAAGGCAACGACAAGACUACUCGCAAUAACUCAUUACCUCAAGAAAUUGGUUGCUUCAAGCACACAGAAUGGCUUCAAUGGACUUGGUUCUGAACUUUGGUUCAAGUAAUCUUCACAAUACAGGUGAACGGAUCAUUCUGCGACUAUCUCCUCACCCUCGCCUACGAUGAUGAUGAUAACUAUGAUCACACACUCAUGCACUCAUAAACCCUCGGUACUGUUGGCCCACGUGAUGAACAGCUAAAUCAACAUGGCAUGGAACAAAGAUGGUCAUUCCAUUUUUUUAACAAGGCAUCCUUGACCGUUCAGGGUGUCCGAAAUACAAGAGUAACGCGAAGUGUGCAUGACAUUCAAUUCUCAUGAAGGAUCAAGAGCGACAUCUGUGAUGGGGGAUGCGCUCGGACUAAGAGAUCAGAAUUAGGACAAAGGAAGCGUGGCUUUUAUGACGAGUGUGGCGAGUUGCUACGCUUGUAAAUCUGAAUACGUCUAAAAUAUAGUUGGCUCUGGACGAAGACGUCAAACAUGGCAACAUAGAUACCGUUGGUCGGCCCAAGGACGAGAACCUAUAAAUGGAAUGGAUGCCUGCCAAGAUUCCGCAGUCAAAUCAAGUUCUCCAUUUCAACCAGAAGUGCAUCACCGAGGGUGAAUAUUUAUUGACCAGCCAAAAUGAGCAGCAUUCUUCGCUUAUUGGUUCUCUUCGGUCUUUUGGCCAUGGCGCAUUCCCAAUUUAGUUUAUUCCGCAACAUUUUCCGUGGGCAGGGUGGUGGAAGACAAGGACCACCCCCACAACAGAGCUUUAACUCAGGACCGCCUCAAAGGUUUAACUCAGGACCGCCUCAAAGCUUCAACCAGCGCUGUCCCAACUCUGGUACCAAUUACAACUUCGGUGGCAAAUCCUACCUCCUUUCUUGGUCUUUGGGCUGCCGCAAGUUUUCGUGGCAAGAAGGAGAUGCUUAUUGUCGCCGAAACAAUCUUAAACCGAUUUCCUUUGAGAGCGAGCAAGAAGUGGCUCAUUUCACCAAUUUAGUGGCGCAACACAACGAAGACUAUUUCUGGACGGGUGGAAGAUUGGUCAAUGGCCACACAGCGCUCAGUUGGGCAUCGGGGGCCACUCAGUCGGUCAACAGUUUGGGAUCAUAUUGGGGUCCCACAGGCGGGAAUAAAAGACCCCAACCGGAUAAUCGAGAGGGCGACGAAGAGUGCUUGGCAGUUUUGAACAACUUCUAUGACUUCAACGGACGUGGUGAGGGGCAAAAGUUCCAUGAUGUCUCGUGCCACCACAAGAAGCCCGUCAUCUGCGAAAACUAAGACUGGACGGCAUUAUAAUCAUAUUCCUAGUAUUUAUUGAAACAUUUUGACAAUGAUGCAGAAAUACAACGAGAUAAGCUUUAGACCAAA